AUGUGGUAUCCUGGGGAUGAAGAUGAAGAAUUCACUUCAAUAAUUGAAAAUAUAGAGAAAAAAGAAACCCAAGAAAUUAAAAUUAAAACUGAAAAACUAAGACAAGCAUCUUUAAAUCAAUUACCAAUAGAACAAUCUGAAGGAGUUGGUGGUGGAGAAUUAAGUGAAUAUAAUAAUAAUACUACUAAUAAUAAUACACCAACAAAUACAACAACAACAACAAAUACAAAUACAACAACAAUGAAUAAUAGUAAUAAUAAUAAUGAAAGAAUAUUAUCAACAUCUAAUGGAUUUGAUAUUAGAUUACCACCAAAUUCUAUAGAACAACCAUCUCCUUCAUUUAUAUCAUCUAGUCAAGAUGGUGUAUUAACUGUAGAUCCAUUAGCUGUUGAUGGUGAAAAAGGCAAUAAAGAAUCACAAUCACCUCCAAAUGGUGAUAAUCAGAUUUUAAAUAAUAAUAAUAUGUUCUUUAAAGAUAUUACAAGUUUACCUUCAACUGACAAUAAGAGUAGUACUAAUACUAAUAAUAAUAAUAAUGAAAACCCAUUAAAGCAAACAAUUUCAUCUUCACCAUCAAAAUCAACAACAACUACAACUACAUCCACAUCCACAACUACAACACCAUCAUUAUCAUCUUUAUCUUCAAAUAAUAAUAAUAAUAGUAAUAGUAAUAAUAAUUAUAUUAACCAUAGUUCAAUAUCAACAGUAUCAGAAGGUUUAGAGAAUUUAAAUUUAAAAUCUGGUAUUAAGAAAAUUGAUAGUGAAACUGAGAAAUACAUUGAAGAGGGUAAACAGGUAUUUGUAAACUUUUUAAAAGGACAUACAUGUUAUGAUGUUAUACCAAUUAGUGGUAAGGUUGUGGUAUUGGAUACAAAGUUGGCAGUGAAAUCGGCAUUCUAUGCAUUGGAAGAGAAUGGCAUUAAAUCAGCACCACUUUGGAAUUCGGAACAACAUGAUUUCACAGGUAUGAUCACUGUGUCGGAUUUCAUAGAUAUCUUACUUUACUAUUAUAAAAAACCAAAAUCAAAUAAUAUAUUUCAAGAUAUGGGUAUACAUAGAAUCGAGACUUUUUGGAGAGAAAUCUCUGUUGAACGUCCUUCCUCAUUGAUUUCAACUGAACCUGAAACUAACCUAUACGAUGCAGCUUCAUUAUUACUUUGUUAUAAAAUUCACAGAUUACCAGUUGUAGAUAAAAAAGAUACAAAUUCAAUUUUACAUAUUUUAACUCAUUCAAGAAUUUUAGCAUUUAUGAUGAAAAGUUUCCCACAAUUACCAGAAAAAUUAUUAUCAAUACCUAUUGGAUCAUUAGGAAUUGGUACAUUUGCUACCGUUGUAACAGUUAUGACUCAUACACCAUUGGUUGAAGUUUUAGAAUUAUUAUCAGAAAAAAAAAUAUCUGCUGUACCAAUUAUUGAUAGUGAAACUUCAAAAAUUGUUGAUGUUUAUUCAAAGAGUGAUGUUACUUUAAUGUCAAAACAAGGUAUAUUAUCACCAUCAGAUUUAAAUUUACCAGUUCAUCAAGUUUUAUCAACAUUUACAAAACUGUGGCAAAGACCUGAACAAAUUUAUACUUGCACUAGAUUUGAUAAAUUGGGUGAUGUAAUUGAAAGAUGUAUAAAGAAAAGAGUUCAUCGUUUAGUUUGUAUUGAUUCUAGUAAAAAGGUUGAAGGAAUUUUAUCAUUAAGUGAUAUCUUAAAUUAUCUAUUAAAUGAUGUAAAAUCUAUUAAUCAUUAA